AAAUGGCCCCUACGCGUGCGCGUGCCGACACUGUGCAAAUUGCAAUCCUCUUCUCAACUCUCUCUCUCUCUCUCCAAUCAACUGUAUGUGGAAAAGACUUUCUCAUCCUUCCUUAUUUAAAAUUGGAGUAUAUACUCUCACCAUCUUGAUCCAAUCAAGCUUUUUUCAACCUUAACCAUGGCGAAGAAGGCUGUUCUGAUCGGCUGCAACUACCCUGGGACCAAGGCGGAGCUCAAGGGAUGCAUCAACGACGUGCGGCGGAUGCACGAUUGCCUCAUCGACCGUUACGGCUUCUCGGAGGAUGACAUCACCGUCCUCAUCGACACCGACGAUUCCUACAAGCAGCCCACUGGCCACAACAUACGCGCCGCGCUCUCCGAUCUCGUCGAUUCCGCCCGCCCCGGUGACUUCCUCUUCGUCCACUACAGUGGCCACGGCACCCGCCUUCCCGCCGAGACCGGCGAGGAAGACGACACCGGCUACGAUGAGUGCAUUGUCCCCACCGACAUGAACCUUAUAACCGAUGAUGAUUUCAGAGAUUUGGUUGACAAAGUGCCGAGCGGGUGCCAGAUCACGAUCGUGUCGGAUUCGUGUCACAGCGGAGGACUGAUUGAUGAGGCCAAGGAGCAGAUUGGAGAGAGCCAUAGAAAGAGCGGGGAAGAAGAAGAGGAGGAGGAGAAGGACUCCGGAGGAUUCAGGAACUUCCUGCGCAGGAGCGUCGGAGAUGCAAUUGAGUCGCGAUUCGGCCGACGCAAAGACGACCAAGAAGAAGCAAUUGAAGAAAGUGAAGAAAGUGAAGGCAUAAAAAACAAAUCUCUACCGCUCUCAACUCUCAUAGAGUUGCUCAAGCAAAAAACUGGCAAGGAAGAUAUCGAUGUGGGCAAGCUGCGGCCCACCCUCUUCGACGUCUUCGGAGAAGAUGCCAGCCCCAAGGUCAAGAAGUUCAUGAAUUUCAUAUUUGGCAAAAUAAAAGGUGAAGGGGGGGCAGGGGAUGGUGGGGGGUUUUUGGGAAUGGUUGGAGGCCUAGCUCAGCAGUUUAUGCAGCAAAAGCUCCAAGAAAACGACGAGAGCUACGCGGAACCUGCAUUGGCAACCCAUGUUGGAAGCAAGGAGGAAGCCUAUGCCGGAGCAGGCAAGAAAGGGCUAGCGGAUACCGGCAUUCUCAUCAGCGGCUGCCAGACCGAUCAAACAUCAGCGGACGCCACCCCUGCAGGCGACGCCAGUAAAGCUUAUGGCGCUCUGAGUAACGCCAUUCAGACUAUUCUUGCUGAAUCCGAUGGCAGAGUGAGUAACCAAGAGCUGGUGACCAAGGCAAGGCAGCUUUUGCAGAAACAGGGCUACACCCAGCGUCCCGGAUUAUACUGCAGCGAUCACCACGUUGAUGCUCCUUUUGUUUGCUGAUGAUGGCACAUGUUGGCGGCUGAAUAAUCCAUUAUUGUGAUAUUUUCAGAGUGACUAUGUAAGUGUGCUUGUGUUGUUUUUGCUGCUUGUUUUGUGAGUUUGAAUGGCCGAAUAAGCUGUCAACACGAUUGCAGUAUUGUGAUUGAACUUGUUAGAGGAGCAAAAGGAAUUUGUAUUUAAGAUGAGUUUGUGAAAGUUACAAUCUUCA